AUGGACAGAUUCAUCUCACCACUCAAUGUGACCUCUAAUGUGACUCAGCUUGCUUCCAACGCCACAGUGAAGCCAUUCAAUGUGUUUGAUGGUUGUGAGCAUUACGUAGAGGGCCUUCUCUUUGACCUCACGCUUCAGGUCAUCAACGUGGUUGUGGGAAUCCCUGCCAACUUACUUGUCAUUGCUAUUCUCUUCCACAAUCGUAAAGAACCCUCCACUUCAGACAUUUUCCUGGGCUGCUUGGCCUUCAUGGAUGCCUAUUUUGGCACUAUGACCCCCUUAAAUUUUCUUAACCUUUACGUCUGGCAGAGUAAACCACUAUGGUCUGCUGUUGCAUUCUCCUAUGGUGUGAAAGACACUAGCGGCCCAUUGUUUCUCUCCUGUAUCUGCCUGGAUCGUUUUGUGGCCGUGCUUUUUCCCAUCGCAUUCGGGCAGCUGAAACACAUCAAGUACAGGCUGAGCCUCACCGUGCUCGUCUUCUUCCUCACCUUCGCCUACUCUGCAGCCAAAAUAGUGGGGGGCAUUCCCAAUUUUAAGAAGAUUUUCACCUGUGAGAUCCUGGCAACCUUUGCCUGGAUGGUGGUGUGUAACGCAAGCAUCCUCUGGGCCCUGAAGAAGACCAGUGCAGGGAGAGACGACAUGCAUCCCAUGAAGAAGAAGGCCUUCAAGAUGGUGCUAUCCAUCCUGUGUAUCAUCAUAUUCAACUACCUGCCACUGGUUGCYUUGUUCCCAUUUCAGGACCAUUUCUCCCGUGAUGCGUUUCACUGCUACGUGCAGCCUGCCGCCUUCGCCUUCAUGAAUGUCAGCAGCACCAUCCAGCCACUCGUCUACUUGUCUCGUUUGGAAAAGAUUCCUUUCCUCCCAGAAGCCUGGGUGAAGAAGUUUUGUUCUUGCAUCACUGCAGAGAGCAAUGAAUCUGCUUCUGCAAAAAACAGUUCUGCCUAG